AUGCACCGCGCGGUUUCAUUCCUGCUCCUAGCCCUGGCGUGCGCCUUCACGGCGGCGGCUCAAGUCACUGGAAUCCACAGCAAACCGCUGGUUAGCGUUGUGCUCGUGACAUGCGGCCGGCCUGAGUACCUCAAGCUCGCGCUCGCGCAGAUCCACGAGCAGUCGUACCCAAACCUCGAGGUGGUUCUGGUGGUGGACGGCACACCCGUCGAUUUGAGCCGCGAGCCGAGGCUCCACGUCCACCCCGCGUCCUCGUUCACGACCCCAUCCUCCACCAAUCUCCUCGACGUGCGGGUUGUCCAGUUUGACCAUCGGGCGACAGUCGGCGAGAAGCGAAAUGCAGCUGUGCUCACUGCACGUGGCGAGAUCCUGGUGCACUGGGACGACGACGAUCUGUACGACCCGACGCGGAUCGAGGCCCAGAUUGCCCCCCUCCUCGACAACACAGCGCGCAUGAGCGCCCUCGUCUACUCGCACGCGGCCGCUCAUGCGGCUGACGGUCCUCCUCAGUGGUACUCUGUCAAGAAGAGCGGCGCGGCGCAGGUGAUGCCCGCCUCGCUGGCGUACAAGAAGAGCUCGGCGCUCGCACUCGGCCUGUUCCCCAACGUCUCCCUCGGCGAGGACAUUGGACUCAUCCAAGCCGGCCUCUCGAGCUGCGAGCAACUUGCAACGGCGCGCGCAUUCACCAAGCUCUGUUGCUCCUGCCACUCUUCCGCUCGUUGCUGCCCGCUCGCAGCCCUGCUUGAGCAUGUUGCGGUCCCCUCCGUCUACACGCGCCAUGGCGGCCACGCCGGCAACACUUGGCAGUGGGCAGAGGACAGGUCGAUGGAGUCGCACGGCUUCGGCGCGUCGGCCCGCCCGCGCUUCGUGAGCGAC